GUGGUAGCGUGGCGGCUGCGGGCUGCGGGCUGAGGGCGCGGGGCUCGUGCUUCCCUGGACGCACCAUGGCAAAGGCAGCCGGCGUAGUGCGGCUGCUCCUGGGCUUCACGGCGCUCUGGCUCUCGCUGCUCGGAGCCCGGACGGCCUCCGCGUCCAAGGCGGUGACGGCCCACUUGGCCGCCAAGUGGCCCGAGACCCCGCUGCUGCUGGAGGCCAGUGAAUUUAUAGCAGAAGAAAGUAAUGAAAAAUUUUGGCAGUUUUUGGAAACUGUACAAGAAUUAGCAAUUUAUAAGCAAACAGAAUCAGAUUAUUCUUACAACAACUUAAUCCUGAAGAAAGCUGGACAAUUUUUGGACAAUUUACAUAUCAAUCUCUUAAAGUUUGCUUUCUCUAUAAGGGCAUACUCUCCAACUAUACAGAUGUUUCAACAAAUUGCAGCUGAUGAGCCCCCACCAGAUGGCUGCGCUGCAUUUGUGGUUAUCCAUAAGAAACACACCUGUAAAAUUAAUGAGAUUAAAAAGCUGCUGAAGAAGGCUACUUCAAGGCCCAGACCCUAUCUGUUUAAAGGAGAUCACAGAUUUCCUACAGACAAAGAGAAUUUACCAGUGAUUAUUCUCUAUGCAGAAAUGGGUACAAGAGCGUUUCGUAAAUUUCACACAGUGUUGUCUGAAAAAGCUCAAAAUGGGGAAAUUCUUUAUGUUCUUCGGCAUUACAUUCAGAAACCAUCCUCACAGAAAAUGUACUUAUCUGGCUAUGGUGUGGAGCUAGCGAUUAAGAGUACAGAAUACAAAGCAUUGGAUGAUACUCAAGUCAAAACUGUGACUAAUACUACUGCAGAAGAUGUUACUGAAACAAAUGAAGUUCAAGGAUUUCUCUUUGGGAAAUUAAAAGAAAGAUAUUCAAAUCUUAGAGAUAAUCUGACAACAUUCCAAAAAUACCUGAUUGAGAGUAAUAAAGAAAUGAUGCCUUUGAAAGUCUGGGAACUACAAGAUCUUAGUUUUCAAGCAGCAUCUCAAAUAAUGUCCACUCCAGUUUAUGAUGCCAUAAAAUUAAUGAAAGACAUUUCGCAGAACUUCCCCAUAAAAGCCAGAUCUCUGACCAGAAUUGCUGUAAAUCAGCUUAUGAGGGAGGAAAUACAGGAAAAUCAAAAGCAUCUUCAAGAUAAAUUUGAUAUUCAGCCAGGCGAUGCUGGUCUGUAUAUAAAUGGAUUUCGUGUUGAUAUGGAUUCCUAUGAUCCUUUUAGUCUUUUGGAUGUGCUGAAACUGGAAGGAAAAAUGAUGAAUGGCCUUCGCAGUCUUGGGAUCAAAGGAGAGGAUAUGAGCAAGUUUUUAAAAUUAAGUGCACGUAGUUGGGAUGAUACCUAUGCGCUGGAUAUUAGACAUUCUUCUAUCAUGUGGGUUAAUAACUUAGAAACUGAUGAGAUGUAUUUAACAUGGCCUUCAAGUUACCAGGAACUUUUGAAACCAAUAUUCCCUGGAAGUAUACCUUUCAUAAGGCGUAAUUUUCAUAAUCUGGUGCUGUUUAUUGAUCCUGCUCAAGAAUAUACCGUGGAUUUUAUAAAAGUUGCUGAACUUUUCUAUCAUCAUAAAAUUCCUCUUAGAAUUGGUUUUGUGUUCAUUGUUAAUACAGAUGAUGAGGUUGAUGGAAGAAAUGAUGCUGGAGUUGCCCUUUGGCGAGCUUUCAAUUAUAUUGCAGAAGAGAAUGGUGUAUCACAAGCCUUUAUGUCCAUAGUACAUAUGUACCAAAAAGUGGAGAAUCACAAAAUACUCACUGUGGACAAUGUGAAGAGUGUUCUCCAAAAUAAGUUUCCUCUUGCUAAUAUUUGGGAUAUUUUAGGAAUUGAUUCUAAAUAUGAUGGUGAAAGAAAGGCAGGAACAAAUUUUUAUAAGAUGACUGGCUUGGGUCCUUUGCCUCAAGCUCUUUAUAAUGGUGAAUCCUUUCAUCGUGAAGAGCUGAAUUUUAAGGAAUUAGAAAUGGCUCUUCUUCACAGAAUGAUGGAUACAACUGCGUAUUUACAAAAGGAAGUUUUUAUGGGUACAUUAAAUGAUCGAAUAAAUGCAGUUGACUUCCUAAUGGGUAAAAAUAAUGUUGUGCCCCGUAUAAAUCCUUUGAUUUUGCACAAUAAAUGGCAGUACCUUAAUUUGAUAUCUACAUCAGUAACUGCUGAUGUUGAAGAUUUCUCUACUUUCUUCUUCUUGGAUACACAAGAUAAGAGUGCUGUAAUUGCAGAGAACAUGUACUAUGUAACUGAAGGAGAUGAUUAUGUAAUUUCUUCAGUUACUUUCUGGAUUGUUGCUGAUUUUGACAAACCAUCUGGGAGAAAACUGCUUUUUAAUGCAUUAAAUCACAUGAAAAGAAGUGGUCAUAGUCGGUUGGGGGUUAUUUAUAAUCCUACAUCAAAAAUAGAUGAAGAAAACACAACUAUUUCUAGAGGAAUUCUGGCAGCUUUUCUUACACUGAAAAACAGCUUUUUGAGAAACUUUCUCAGGAAACUGGCGGAAGAAAAAACUGCUGCAGCUAUUUACUCUGGAAAUAAAAUUAAAACAUUGCUUACUGAGGGGAUGGAUAAAAAUGCCUUUGAGAAAAAAUAUAAUACCAUUGGAGUGAAUAUUUUUCGAACUCACCAGUUGUUCUGCCGAGAUGUACUUAAAUUGAGUCCUGGAGAAAACGGUGUUGUCAGCAAUGGGAGGUUCUUAGGACCUGUAGGUGAAGACUUCUAUGCAGAAGAUUUUUACUUGUUGGAAAAGAUAACAUUUACUAAGUUAGUAGAGAACAUUGAAGACAUUGUUGAAAAUACAGAAAUGAACUCAAAGAACAUUAUAAAGAUAAAUUCUGUAGAGAAUGAUAUAUCCUUUGAUGUCGUUGCUAUUGUUGAUCCAUUGACAAGAGAAGCACAGAAGAUGGCACAGUUAUUAAUUGUCCUUGGCAAGAUUAUCAACAUGAAGUUAAAGUUGUUCAUGAACUGCAGGAGUAAACUUUCAGAAGCCCCUUUAACAAGUUUUUACCGUUUUGUUCUGGAACCAGAACUGAUGUUAACAGCUAAUGAUAUUACUGGACCAGUGGCAAAAUUCUUGGAUAUCCCUGAAUCACCUCUUCUAACCCUCAAUAUGAUCACUCCUGAAAGCUGGUUGGUUGAAAUAGUACACAGCAACUGUGACCUUGACAAUAUUCAUUUAAAAGAUAUAGAGAAAGCUGUCACAGCAGAAUACGAACUAGAAUAUCUACUACUCGAAGGACAUUGCUUUGACUUAACAACAGACCAACCUCCUCGGGGUCUGCAGUUUACGCUGGGCACAAAAAAUAAACCUGUUGUGGUAGAUACGAUAGUGAUGGCCAAUCUCGGAUAUUUUCAAUUAAAAGCAAACCCAGGUGCUUGGAUAUUGAAAUUACGCCAAGGAAGAUCUGAAGAUAUUUAUCAAAUAGUUGGGCAUGAAGGAACUGACUCUCCAUCAGACCUAGGAGAUGUUGUCGUUGUUAUAAACAGCUUCAAAAGCAAAAUACUGGAAGUACAAGUACGGAAAAAGCCAGAUAAAAUCAAGGAAGAUAUCCUUUCCGAUAAAGGUGAAAAGAAAAGAGGAAUGUGGGAUUCCAUUAAAAGUUUCACAAGGAAGCUGCAUAAACAAGACGAUAAUAAGGAAAAAGAUGUUCUAAACAUUUUUUCAGUUGCUUCUGGCCAUUUAUAUGAACGCUUUUUAAGAAUUAUGAUGCUUUCUGUUUUACGGAACACAAAAACACCGGUGAAGUUCUGGUUUCUUAAAAAUUAUCUCUCACCAACAUUUAAAGAAGUGAUCCCGCACAUGGCUAAGGAGUAUGGAUUCCAAUAUGAACUAGUCCAGUAUAGGUGGCCCCGGUGGCUUCAUCAACAGACAGAAAAACAGCGGAUUAUUUGGGGUUAUAAGAUUCUUUUCCUUGAUGUCCUUUUUCCUCUUGCAGUGGACAAAAUCAUUUUUGUUGAUGCUGACCAGAUUGUGAGACAUGACCUGAAAGAACUUCGAGAUUUUGACUUGAAUGGAGCUCCUUACGGGUAUACUCCCUUCUGUGAUAGCCGCACAGAAAUGGAUGGAUAUCGCUUCUGGAAAACAGGAUACUGGGCAUCACAUCUUCUAAAAAGGAAAUACCAUAUCAGCGCCUUAUACGUGGUGGAUCUCAAGAAGUUCAGGAGAAUUGCGGCAGGCGACAGGCUCCGGGGCCAGUACCAAACGCUCAGUCAAGAUCCAAACAGUCUUUCAAACCUAGAUCAGGAUCUUCCCAAUAAUAUGAUUUACCAAGUUGCCAUCAAGUCUCUUCCCCAAGAAUGGUUGUGGUGUGAAACCUGGUGUGAUGAUGAAUCCAAGCAAAGAGCCAAAACAAUUGAUCUGUGCAAUAACCCCAAAACAAAAGAACCUAAACUAAAAGCUGCUGCCAGGAUUGUCCCAGAAUGGGUGGAGUAUGAUACUGAGAUACGGCAACUGUUAGAUCACCUUGAAAACAAGAAGAAAAGUGCAGUUUUGGCACAUGAUGAACUCUAGCACUGGCUUGUCUAAGAGGAGAAAGUAUGACAAGAAAUCUGCCACCUGCUGGGGAAAUGUGGAACUACUUCCAAGACUUGUCAAAGUUGCAUUAAGGAUCAGUGACAUCUUUGAUUUAAAUUAUAUUAAUUAUUUAAAAGUAACAUGUAUUUAAUGUAUUGAAUAAAUUUAAGUUAUAUAUUGUAA